AUGGCCAAUAAGGAAUUGAGUGAUUUUUAUCAAAAAUUAUUAGGUCAUAUUGUUAAAGAAGUAGAGUUAAAUAGCAAAAUUUAUCUGAAUAGUUUUGUCAACGCUAAUUACUUAAUAACCAUUCCUUUGUCAGUGGUCAACCUUUUAGAAAGAAAUUGUCAAAAACUUCAUCAAACUUGCUUGGAUAAAAAAGAAUUUCAGGAAAUUAUUGAUUUACACAAAUUUGUGGUGGAAUUUCAAGACAUCACCACCCAUCCCCAAGAAUUCUCCCUUCCUUUAUCCCGCUACUCCGAAAAUGGAUUUAUAAAGAUGAGAUAUACGAACCAAGACCUAAAAAUGGCUUACCAAAUAGUUCAAGCCGAUUUAUUUAACUCUUUACUAAAAGCCCAAGAUGGUGACUCAAUUCACCUGGCCCGCCUAGGCAAAAUAACUAAAUCAGAAAGAAAACAAAAAUGCGGUAAACUUAAGCAAGCCUUAAAUGAACAGAUAAUUGAAAAAUAUCAAAUUUCCCCUAAUUCCCCAACCCAAGAAGUCCCUCAAAUUGGCGGCACCAUGGCUGAAAUGCAGAUGGCCUUAACUAAUAUCCAAGCCAAUUUACAAGUAAUAGUUAAUAAUCAGCAAGCAUUAAGCCAACGAAUAACUCAGUUGGAAAAUAGUGCGGUGCAACAAUUAUCAUCCCUAACCCAACAAUUUCAUUCUCUAAAAUUAACCCAUACCCGAGAACGCAAAGAAAUUGCUUAUAAUAACCCCGACCCUAAUAAUUAA